AUGUCUAAAUGUAAACAUGUUGUCCUUUCUAUGAAAGAUAAAUACGAGAUUAAUAAACGGUUAGAGGAAAGCGAAUCUGCAACCAAGUUAUCCAUUGAAUAUCAAGUUGAUGCUGUAUAUAAGUGGUUUAUUCAAAAAAGAUGUCAAGGAGAACCUAUUUCUGGCCCAAUACUGUGUGAAAAAGCAGUUCAAUUUAACGAAAAACUAGAAGGGCCGUCUAAUUUUGAAGCAAGCUCAGGCUGGUUAAAACGAUUUAAGUCAAGACAUGGCAUUCGUGAGCUUCAAAUACAAGGAGAAAAACUAUAUGCUGAUUUAUUAGCAGCUGAAUUAUUCAAAAUCAAACUAAGGGAUAUACUGAACCAAGAAAAUUACGGUCUGGAAAACGUUUACAAUGCAGACGAAACCGGGCUUAAUUGGAAAGCUUUGCCGCGAAAAACUCUUGCUUCACGUCGUGAAUUAGCAGUACUUGGUCCUAAAAUAAGCAAGGAUCGUAUCACUGCCUUAGCAUGCGCUAAUGCUACUGGCAGCCAUCGAUUGCCCACGCUUGUAAUUGGUAAAAGUAAGAAAACACGUUAA